AGCGGAACUCGACCGGACCCAACCCAGUUAGUUACUUCCUGCCUAGAGUUAUAGCUUCCACCUGCCACCAUGGCAACCUCAUCUGAAGAAGUUCUGCUGAUUGUAAAGAAAGUACGUCAAAAGAAGCAGGAUGGAGCUCUAUACCUCAUGGCAGAAAGAAUUGCUUGGGCACCUGAAGGCAAAGAUAGAUUUACAAUCAGCCAUAUGUAUGCAGAUAUUAAAUGCCAGAAAAUUAGUCCAGAAGGAAAAGCUAAAAUUCAGCUUCAGCUGGUCCUGCAUGCAGGGGACACAACUAACUUCCAUUUUUCCAAUGAAAGCACAGCAGUGAAAGAGCGAGACGCAGUAAAGGACCUUCUUCAGCAGCUGCUGCCCAAAUUCAAGAGGAAAGCAAAUAAAGAACUGGAAGAAAAGAACAGAAUGCUGCAAGAAGAUCCUGUUUUGUUUCAGCUUUAUAAAGACCUUGUUGUGAGUCAAGUGAUCAGUGCUGAGGAAUUCUGGGCCAAUCGUUUAAAUGUGAAUGCAACAGAUAGUUCUUCCACAUCCAAUCAUAAGCAGGAUGUUGGCAUUUCUGCUGCAUUUCUGGCUGAUGUCCGGCCCCAGACCGAUGGCUGUAAUGGUCUGAGAUACAAUUUAACUUCUGAUAUCAUUGAGUCCAUAUUUAGGACCUAUCCAGCAGUAAAAAUGAAAUACGCAGAAAAUGUUCCCCACAACAUGACAGAGAAGGAAUUCUGGACACGUUUUUUCCAAUCCCAUUAUUUUCACAGGGAUCGGCUGAAUACAGGGUCAAAGGAUCUCUUUGCAGAAUGUGCCAAAAUAGAUGAAAAAGGCCUAAAAACAAUGGUUUCAUUAGGAGUGAAAAACCCACUACUAGAUUUAACAGCUUUGGAAGAUAAACCAUUAGAUGAGGGCUAUGGCAUUUCUUCUGUGCCAUCUGCUUCCAGUUCUAAAUCAAUAAAAGAGAAUAGUAAUGCUGCCAUCAUCAAGAGAUUUAACCAUCACAGUGCCAUGGUCUUGGCAGCUGGACUCAGGAAACAAGAAGCACAAAAUGAACACAAUAGUGAGCCCAGCAGCAUGGAUGGAAAUUCCGGAGAUGCAGACUGCUUUCAGCCAGCAGUCAAAAGGGCGAAAUUACAAGAGUCCAUUGAAUAUGAAGACUUGGGGAAAAAUAAUUCUGUAAAAACGAUUGCACUAAACCUCAAGAAGUCAGAUAGGUAUUAUCAUGGUCCAACUCCAAUUCAGUCACUGCAGUAUGCAACAAGUCAGGACAUUAUUAAUUCUUUUCAAAGUAUUAGACAAGAAAUGGAAGCUUAUACACCCAAGUUAACUCAGGUUCUCUCAAGUAGUGCUGCCAGUAGUACCAUCACAGCACUGUCACCUGGAGGAGCACUUAUGCAGGGAGGAACACAGCAAGCCAUAAACCAGAUGGUGCCAAAUGAUAUUCAGUCUGAACUGAAACACUUGUAUGUAGCUGUUGGAGAACUUCUACGGCAUUUCUGGUCCUGCUUUCCUGUUAAUACACCAUUCCUAGAAGAAAAGGUAGUGAAAAUGAAAAGUAAUUUGGAACGAUUCCAAGUUACGAAGCUCUGCCCAUUCCAAGAAAAGAUUCGGAGACAAUAUUUAAGCGCAAAUUUGGUAAGUCACAUAGAAGAGAUGCUCCAAACAGCCUACAACAAGCUCCACACGUGGCAGUCACGGCGUCUGAUGAAGAAAACGUGAGGUGGCCAUGAUGCUCACAGGUUUUGUGAGAUUGAGAGAACUAUGACCUGCAGCAACUCUGGAAACCUGGCCUGACAGACAAGCAGAUGACCUCAUAGGAGUGAUAAGAAACAUCUGCUCCACGCCAACUCCCAGAGCUGAUGCUAUUGUACUUGCACAUUGGGGACUGAAAGGAAAGAAGGGACUAAAUGCUGGGGAGGUAAAUUAAGGCAGAACCAAAUGAGCUAAGUUGCAAAUAUAUAUAUACACAUAUAUAUGUACAUGUGUAUGUACAUAUAUAUUUUAAAAGACUGUUUACUGCAGUUACUCAGGAACUGCUUUUGAUUGACCUUAAGCUGCUUUCAGAAAUUAAAAAAAAAAAACUUUUUAAAAGGGUGCAUUGAUAAAAUCUGAGGUUUUUUGGUGGUUAUUUUGGUUUUUUCUGUGUAAAUUUUUUUCCUAAGUUUAUGGCACAGGGUAGACCUUAAGUAUUUCUCCUCCAUCCUUCAUUCUCCACCCUCCAUUGGAUCCUCAAGUUUUACUGAAUUCUAAUUAUACCUUACAUCAGCAAGUUAAAAAGAAUACUUUAAAAUAAAGCAAAGGGAGACUAUUGCUCAACCAUCAGGAAACAGUUGUCAGAAGACAUCAUUGGUCCUGUGUUUCCUAAGGAAAUAAGAAACAAUAAAUAUUGCACUGAAUGUUUGUGGUUUGGAGUCCCUGAAUAAUAAAGAGGGAACAUACUUGCAGAAAGUUGCAUAGGGUUUUUUUAUGCAGGAUUUUGUCAGAAGACAAUGGCGCUGCAUGUUUUUCUUUGAGUGCAAAUGUACAUUGCUAAGAUUUUUUUUUAAGAUGGCAUGUGCUUUGAAAAGAGGAUAUUGCAUUUUUAAGAGUUUAAAAAUCUUAUGAGUGAGAAAUAUAAAAGAAACUUAUUUUCACCUCUUUAGAAGAAAUAAAAGAUGUUUCUCAUA